CAAACAAAACUCAAAAACCCUCAUUAACCAGAAGUAUUUUGAAGAAUUUGUAUCGUAUAUUUUUUAAUAUUAUCUUUAAAAAACCAUGGCUCAGCUAGAUGAAGUUGAAAAUAUUAAGCUUAAACCACGAGCAAUAUUUGGAUUCGAUGGUGAUGUUCUAUUUGGACUUAAUCUACAUCCCGAUGGGAUGCAUACAAUCAUUCCUCUGGGGAAUAAGGUUGUUAUAACAAAUACGAAUACAAAUGAGCAGGAGUUUUUAACUGGACACACAAAUAUGGUAUCCUGUUUGCAUGUUUCUCAUAGUGGCAAAUAUGUAGCAUCUGGUCAAAUCAACCAUAUGGGAUUCCGAGCAUAUGUUAUACUAUGGGACUAUAAGGAACGAAAAGAAAUUGCAAGGCAUGAUCUUCAUAAGGUGCGUUGUGAAACCGUUUGUUUUACUGCUGAAGAUAAAUAUAUUGUAAGCAUUGGUGGUGUUGAUGAUGGAUGUGUCAUAGUUUUUGAUGUUGAAACGCGCACUCCAAUUUGUCGCGCAGUAGCUGUCAACAGCACAUCAGGAAAUCCCACAUAUGUGUGUCCAUUAAAUAAACUUGCAUCUGUGUUUUUAGUAUCAGGAGAUCAUCACCUUAGAAUGUGGACAAUUGAAAAGGAACGCAGAAAACUGAGUGUUCAGGAAGUUCAAGUUGGAAGACAUCAACGACGAUAUACAUCAAUGGUUUUAGAUAACAAUGAUGAAAAUAUCUAUAUUGGCACAAUGACAGGCGAUGCUGCUCAUGUUAGGCUAAGUUUUGGCGGAAAAGAAGGAAAAAGUGCUGUAUUAGUAGGACUCUAUGGAAAACAUAAUCCAAGGAAACCAAUUGGUAAAGAUUGUGAAAAGUACAUAAAUGGUAUUCGAGAAAUUGUAUGCACGGAAGAUGGAAACCUUUUGCUUGGAACUGGAGAUGGAACUGUUGAAUUGGUUGCACUAAGGAAUGAAUGCUUUAAAAAUUAUCCAAAUCCAACUUGGCCUAAGUUGAAAACGAUAAGAUCAACAAAAGUCAAUGGAGCUGUAACAAGCAUUGCUAAAAGUUCAAAAAAUAUUUAUUUCAUUGGAACUAACAACAGUGAGAUAUACAUACUAAACGUUGUUAACUUUGAUCUGAAGCUUAAAACAACCUGCCACAAGGAAGCAAUUAACGAACUUAUAUUUCCCAAAAAAUUGUCAAGUAUUUUUGCAACUGCUGGCUAUGAGUCUAUUCGAAUUUGGUCCAUGAAACGUUUACAAGAGCUUCUCCGAAUAAUGGUUUAUAACUUUCAUUGCACUGCAAUUGUUUUUACCCAUGAUGGAUCAAGUAUUGUAUCAGCUUGGAAUGAUGGUGUAAUUCGAUCAUUUACUCCAAUUACCGGCAAACUUAUUUAUGCAAUACCGAAUGCACAUAAUAAAGGCUGCAGUGCAUUGGCUAUUUCGUCUAAUGAUCGAAUACUUGUGAGUGCAGGAAUAGAAGGACAAGUUAGGGUUUGGAAAAUUGAACCUUUUCGCCAGAGUUUAAUAGGAGUUCUCAAAGAUCAUACAGGGCCGAUAAGUUCAUUACAUUUCAAUAUUUUCGACACUGAAGUAGUGUCAGCUGGAACAGAUGGUUCAUGUGUUAUUUGGGACAUAAGGCGAAUGACGAGAAAGCAAGUAAUUUGUGCCAAUACACAAUUUACAUGCGCUCGAUACUAUCCAACUGGUGUUCAAUUACUGACAGUGGGGUCUGAUGGCAGAAUUGGAUAUUGGAUGGUAUUUAAUGGAAGUCUUUUAAGAGAACUCGAAGGUUCUACCAAAGAACCUGUCAAUUGUGUUGCCUUUAAUCCAACUGGUGAUUAUUUCGUUUCUGUUGGCACUGAUCAAAUAGUUAAAUUGUGGGAUUACCAAAAUGGAGUGACAGUUUGUGCUGGACAACAACAUGCAUCGCCAGUAACAAGCUGUGCUUUUAGUCCUUGUGGAAAGUUUUGCAUUUCAGGAAGUUCAACUGGAUCAGUUAUCAUUUGGGAUAUACCAAAGCAAUUCUGGCCAAACACAAAAUCGAAUUUGAAAGUUGAAGAACAUGCUAAAUAUGGAAAUCAUAGAAAUAGUGAUACUGAAUCUAAAGUUGUGACAAGUUCACGUUCGUCAAAAUCCAAAAAUAAUAAAGAAAACAUAAAUGGAUUGGAGACCAGUCGAAGCAAUAAAGAUGUUCUUUGUGCCGAGUGUCCACCGGUAAACAAUAAGCAAGUUAUGGACAUAAAUGAAACUUUUAAUGUAAAACAAGAUGAGGUUUAAAAUUUUAAAGAAUACAAAAUAAACUACUAGAUUUUUUAAAAAUA